GUGAAAAAUCGCGUACGCAUUUGGCUGCACAAGAUAAGGACACGUCUAAUUGUGAGUCUCUUUCCCAACUUAGUACGGCCCCCACCGCAAUGAAAUCAGACACGCCUGAACGGUAAACUUGCCGGCUCCAAACCCUAGCCCUAAUCUUCCUUUUUGCAUAUGGAUCCUCCUGCCGGCCCCGAAGACCCUCGAGCCGCCUCCAACGGCGACAACAGCCACGUCCCCAAGAAGCCCAAGCUCUCCUUCAUAACCGAUUCCCAAAUUCUGGAGGAGUUCGCCCACCACCAGCCCGGUAUCGCCCGAAUCAAUAACGGCAGUUUUGGCAGCUGUCCUGCUUCCAUCAUCGCCGCCCAGAAGAGCUGGCAGCUCCGCUUCCUGCGUCAGCCUGACGAUUUCUUCUUCAACCACCUCCAGCGCCAAAUCAUCCACUCCCGUUCCAUCAUCAAAGACCUCAUUAAUGCCGACCACGUAGAUGAGGUCUCCAUCGUAGAUAAUGCCACCACUGCUGCUGCCAUUGUUCUUCAGCAUGUUGGCUGGGCCUUCGCCGAAGGUCGUUUCCAGAAAGGUGAUGCUGUUGUCAUGCUCCACUGCGCUUUCCAGGCUGUUAAGAAGUCCAUCGAGGCCUAUGUUACCCGAGCUGGCGGCUCCGUUAUCGUGGUUCACCUGCCCUUCCCUGUAAAUUCCAAUGAAGAAAUCAUAGCUGAGUUUAGGAAAGGCUUGGCUAGGGGUAGGGCCAAUGGUAAGAAAGUGAGGUUAGCAAUAAUUGAUCAUAUAACAUCAAUGCCUUGUGUUGUAAUUCCUGCUCGUGAACUGGUUAAGAUUUGUAGAGAGGAAGGUGUGGAGCGUGUAUUCGUAGAUGCUGCCCAUGCUAUUGGUAAUGUUCAUAUAGAUGUCAAGGAAAUUGGGGCUGAUUUUUAUGUUAGCAAUUUGCAUAAGUGGUUUUUCUGUCCUCCUUCCGUUGCCUUUUUGUACUGUCGAAAGUCACCCUUAUCGCAUGAUUUGCACCACCCUGUAGUGUCACAUGAAUAUGGGAAUGGACUGGCCAUUGAGAGCGCGUGGAUUGGCACACGGGACUACAGCUCUCAGCUGGUUAUUCCUGAAGUUUUUGAAUUUACGAAUAGGUUUGAAGGAGGCCUUGAGGGUAUUCGGAAGAGGAACCAUGACAAAGUUGUGGAGAUGGGCCAAAUGUUGGCCAAAGCUUGGGGAACAAAUCUUGGUUCACCUCCGGAGAUGUGUCCAAGCAUGGCUAUGGUUGGAUUGCCUUCAAGGUUGGGAAUUUUGAGUGACGAUGAUGCACUGAACUUGAGAUCACACUUGAGAGAUCAUUUUGGUGUUGAAGUACCCAUAUAUUAUCAGAUGCCAAGAGAUGGGCACAUUGGAGCCACGGAUGGGGAUGGCUGUGUAACUGGGUAUGCCCGGAUUUCUCAUCAAGUGUACAAUACUCUUGAUGAUUAUGUCAGGUUAAGAGACGCAAUUACUCAGCUUGUCCAUGAUGGAGUGACUUGCAAGAUGCUUCAGCGAGAAUGAGGAGCUUGUUGAAAAGUAUUGGGGAUUGUUCUGAUGAAUAAACUGCAUUUGACAUGCUCUUGUGUGUCUGGUUUGCCCCCAAGGAUGAUGAAUUUUGGAGGAUGCCACUGAAUAGGCAAGCAAAGAGUGUUAUGCAAAAACUGGAAGUAUUGAUGUUUCUAGUGUGAGAUUUAACAACUAGAGGCUAACAUCCUAGUUUAUGGGCCUUGCGCUGUCUACAUGUACCGGUCUUGACAAUAAAUCUGUAACUAUUGUUAUUUUCUUUCCUCUUGCAAAUUAAGCAGUGAUAUACUACCUUUCUUGGUAUUGCAUGUGGGAUCUCGAAGACCCCAGCACUCGGUUGGUUUUACCUUCGAAAAUG